UACGUGCGUCGCGCAGGCGCAGUGGUCGCUGCUGCCGGUGCGCGUCCACAGUCGUUAAUGCUGGCGAGAGAGAUUCCCUGCGCCAACUCGUUCAAUCCUGCACCGAUCGAAGCUAAGCCUGUUCAUCAUCUGCUUUGCUGCUAGCUAGCUGUUCUUGCACAUACGUGGUGGUGGUGGUGGUGUGUGCGCGCGCUCGUGAGCUCAGCUGGCUAGCUCAUGAGCAUCUCGUUCUCCUCGGCUGCAAGAUGAAUCAGCUGAGGCGGCGGCGGCGGCAGUGCAUUGUCGUUGUUUGCUCGGUGCUGGUAUUUUCGGCUCUGGCCGUGGCCGCCUCCGGCUCCGGCUCCGGCUCCAGCUCUUCACAGCCGCCGUCUUCAAGGUCGUCUGCGUCUCCGGCUCCAGCUGCGAGGUCGCGCUCCCCGUCAGCAACGCCGGCACCGCCAAAGGCGCCAUCGCCACCGGCGAAGUCGCCGGCGCCAAGGGCAUCGCCCUCUCCGCGGCCAGCCGCGGCGCCGGCCCCGAGGCGGCCUCCAUCACCGCCCUCAACGUCGCCGGCGCCAAAGCCGUCAUCUCCACCCACGGCAACGGCGCCGACCCCAAGGACGACACCCCCACCCGCGCCAAAGCCAUCGUCUCCUCCUGCGGCGACGCCGUCCACAAAGCCAUCGUCUCCUCCACCCUCUUCAUCACCGGCUCCGAGACCGUCCCCUCCUCCUACUCGGGCUUCACCACCGCCAGCUCCGAAGCCAUCUCCACCACCACCACCACCUCCUCCUCUGGCUCCAACGAAGUCCACAGCGAACUCUUCGUCGUCGCCGUCCUCCCAGGGCCAGCUCUCGCCUAAUUUCUACGCGGCGUCCUGCCCCAGCGUGGAGCUGGCGGUGAGGGAUGUCGUCAGGUCGGCCUCCACAUUGGAUUCCACCAUCCCCGGCAAGCUUCUCAGGAUGCUCUUCCAUGACUGCUUUGUUGAGGGAUGUGAUGCAUCGGUGAUGAUUGAGGGUAGCGGCACGGAGAGGACUGAUCCUGCAAACCUCUCACUUGGUGGCUUCAAUGUCAUAGAUGCAGCCAAGAGGCUGCUUGAAGUUGUAUGCCCUGCAACUGUUUCCUGCAGCGACAUUUUGGUCCUUGCCGCAAGAGAUGCUGUUACAUUGACCGGAGGGCCGUCAGUGCCAGUCUCACUGGGGCGGCGGGACGGCCUGGUUUCGCUGGCCUCCAACGUGAGAGCAAACAUCAUCGACACCGGCUUCUCCGUCGACGCCAUGGCGAGGAGCUUCGCCGCCAAGGGGCUCACCCUGGACGACCUCGUCACCCUCUCAGGAGGCCACACCAUCGGGUCGGCGCACUGCACCACGUUCGGCGAGCGGUUCCGGGUGGACGCGAACGGGAGCACGGUGCCCGUGGACGCGGCGAUGAACACGGACUACGCCGGGGAGCUGAUCAGGGCGUGCUCGGCGGUGAACGGCACGGUGUCGUCGACCGCGGCGGUGGACUGCGACGAGGGGUCGGCGCUGCGGUUCGACAACGCCUACUUCGCCAACCUGCUGGCCGGCCGGGGCCUGCUGCGCACGGACGCCGUGCUGGUGCAGAACACCACGACGCGCGCCACGGUGGAGGCGUUCGCGCGGAGCGAGGAGAGCUUCUUCGCCAGCUGGGCCGUCUCGUUCGCCAGGCUCACCAGCCUCGGCGUCAGGACCGGCGCCGACGGCGAGGUCCGACGGCUCUGCUCCCGCGUCAACGGCUAAUCGAUCACCAGCGCGACCGACCGUGUAUGCGUAUGUCCAUGGACGGGGCCGGCACGAUCGAUACAUACAUGCAUAGAGAGAUCGACACGACGUGUUGAGAAUGAUCCGAGAUAUUUGAUUCGUUCGUUGUUGUUG